AUGUUUGGUACAUCGUUUUUUGUUGCAACUUGUUUAUACUUCAAAAGUAAACAUAGCUAUGCUUACGAUAACAUCAGUAAACAAUCCAGAAGGAACGGAACGUAUCACAAAUAUUUUGAAAUUGAUAAUUCGAACGAGGAAACAAAUCGAUCGAUGAGUGUUAGCUACGCUGAUAACAACGAUAAUUAUUACUCUAAUUCUGAAAAAUGUCAUAUACCUAAAAAAGUAUUCCGGAAAAUGGAAAAAAUUCCGGAAAAAGAGCAAAAAAAAUCAAUAAACAUAGAAAAUAUACAUAUACCAAAGAAAAUUAACAGACCAAUGCUUAAAAUUCCAUCAGAAUUAUGCAAUGAUCAACAAUCAUCAUCAUCACAUGCUGGAAAUCAGGAAUCAUCCUCAACAUUACCAGUAACCGAUAGUGAAAAAUUACAUGAAACAACUCCGGAAACUGGAUCAAUUCGGAAAAAACGAUUUCUAAAUAGACUAGCAAUAAUAUCAGUCAAAAAAAUGAAAUCACUGAUGAAAGAAGCAAAUCAGGAAAAUAUAAAUUAUUCAUCCGUACUAACCGUAACACCUAAAAUAGGAACUGUAGAAUUAGGAAAGGAUGAAAUGGAAUUUAUAGAUGCAGAUGGUGAUGAUCCGGAUUGUUGCAGGAAUAGAAGAAAUACGAUGAAACGUGGCUUCCGGUAUCUUUUCAAUCAGGAAAAAACCAAUAACAAGUAA